AUGGGCUCAACUGCGUCUGGUUGGAGACCGCUGAGUGUGGGGAUCGUGGGCGGCGGGAUCGGGGGCCUGGCGGCUUCGAUUGCGCUGCGGCGGGCGGGCCAUGCAGUGGUUAUCUACGAGCGCCAUGAUUUUGCGGGGGAGGUGGGCGCGUCGAUCUCAUGUGCGGCGAACGGGACCCGGUGGUUGCAUGAAUGGGGGGUCGAUAUCGCCAAGGGCGACCCCGUGGUGCUGCAGAAGUUGAUCAACCGGGAUUGGAAGACGGGGGAGCCGGUCAGUGUCUAUGAUCUGGACGACUACGAGCAGCGCUGGGGGUACGUCUACAAUAUGUUCCAUCGGCAGUAUAUGCAUGCCAUGUUGAAGGACUGCGCGCUGCAGGAGGAAGGGGCGGGCACGCCGGUCACGCUGAAGGUGAACCAUAAGUGCCAGGAUAUUGACCUCGAGACGGGUGUGAUUACCUUCGACGGUGGUGAAACCGUGCGGCACGACCUCAUCGUGGGUGCUGAUGGAAUCGGCUCGGCCGUGCGAGGCAUCAUUGGCCUUCAUCCUGAGAAGACUCCGGCGCCGUCGAGCUGCUUGCAUGCCAACGUCCACACGGAGGAUGCGGUCCGCCUGGGGUUGGUCGACUAUUCCCAGGACAGUGCGUUGGAAUACUGGGGCGGCCAGGAAGGCAAGUGGGAUAAGAUCGUCCUCUCCCCUUGCAACGGCGGCAAGUUGCUGUCUUACUACUGCUUCUUUCCUCGCGAGAAGGGAGACUUUACAACGCACACAUGGGGCGGAGAGGAUCGUCCGGUCGAAGAGCUGCUCGCUCCUUACCCGGAAUUAGAUGAACAAGUCCGCUCUCAUCUGGCCAUCGGCAUCGAGAUUAGGCCCUGGCGCCUGUGGGUGCAUCAACCUUACCCGUAUAUCGCCAGCAAUAUGGUCUGCCUGCUGGGAGACGCAGGACAUCCAAUGAUGCCUCAUCAGAGCCAGGGCGCUUGCAUGGCCAUCGAAGACGCCGCGGCCCUCGGAAUCAUAUUCAGCAAGCCCUAUUUCUCCGGUGAUGUCGCAGCGGCGCUGUCAGUCUACCAGAAGGUGCGACUGCCUCGGGCCACCAAAGUCCAAGCCGCUUCAGCCAAGGCGGCAUACAACAUCAACGAGCGCAUCGGCUUCUCCAGCAAUACCAACAUGCCAAAGUACAAGGUCGAGGAUGAGCAGAAGAAGCUCACGAUUGAAGAAAUGAACGCAUACGACAUGUACAUGGACAUCGAGGAAGUCCUGUCCCAAGAGCUUGGGUCCUCGUUCGACAAGGAGUUCAUCCGAGGGCUGCCUGUCGGAUUGAAGCUGUCGAACGGAGUGGUCAUCGGAGAAUAA